AUGAAUACCAAGCAACCGAAUCAACCUUUUGAUAUUAUUGUUAUUGGCGGUGGUGUUGCAGGAUCAUGCGCUGCAAUAAGACUAGCCCAAUUGUUCAAUUCUGCCGUCGCUAGUUGGCGUAAAAUUCUUGUUAUCGACGAGAGAACUAUGAAUGUAGAAAUGUUUAAAGUUGGAGAGUCUUUACCUGGAGAAGCAAAGCCUACGCUUCAGUCGUUGGGUGUACUUGAUGACGUAAAUAACGAUGCAAUGGAAGGGAAACAUCAUUUUUGUCACGGAAACUCUUCUGCAUGGGGGUCUGAUGAUUUGAUCGGUACCGAUACAAUAUUUAAUGCGUAUGGUGAUGGAUUUCAUUUGGACAGGCGUUUAUUUGAAGAAACGCUACUUAAAAUAGCCAUGUUACAACAUAGUCAAUUCAUUACAAUUAUGCGUGGCUCCAAGGUGAUUGAUUUAUAUAUCUCCAAAGAUAUUGAUCAAAGAGAUAAAUGUUGGAAGGUUACAGUUACAAAUGUUGAAUCAUCUCAUACAAAUCAAAUCUACGGGAAUAUCCUCAUCGAUGCAAGUGGUCGUCGUUGCUGUAUUAGAAAAAGUUUGCCAGAAUUAAAGCGCUGCUCCUUCGACAAGCUGUUAGCUUUUGUAUGUCUAUACGAAACUGAUUAUGAUAAUAAUUCAAGCAAGAUUCAUUCGACGAAUUUGGACCAUCGUACCCUCGUGGAAUCCUGCGCUUUCGGAUGGUGGUAUACUAGUUUAUUGCCUAGCAAGCAACGUAUUGUGGUUUUUCAUACAGACGACGAUCUACUCCACCAAAUUAAUAGAAAGAUCAGACUAGUUGAUGAAUUUGAUGAAUUCAUGAAGGAAACCGCUGCGCACACUGCAAAGUACAUAAGCGAACAUUUGUAUCGUCCCAUUGGAAAAAGAGUUAUUUGCAUGCCUGCAAAUUCGGCAAGGCUUUCUCAAUUUGGUAGAGUACCUAAAUUUUAUCAUGCAUCAAAUAGAAUUAAUAUUCAACAUAAACUUGAUUUCAAAUCAGCCUCCUAUGAAAAUCGGUGGAUAGUGAUUGGAGACAGCGCCAUUUCUUUUGAUCCGCUUUCUUCCCAAGGAAUGUUAACCGCUAUGUCUAGUGCCAAACUUGGAGCGGAGGCAAUAUUUUUCCAAUACUUUAACGGAGGGACGAAAAAUGAAGGAAAAAUUAUUCAACCCUUGGAGGUCUAUCUGAAAUACAUUGAGAACACGUUUCAAAGAUACGUGAGAGAGAAAAGAUUUUUUUAUAAUAAAGAGCAGAGGUGGAAUAAUGAAAUGUUUUGGAAACGACGACUUGAGGACCAUACCGAGAUGUGA